CUUCGCUGGGGAGACGAAGCCACUCCGUACGAAAGAAAGCGCUAAUGGAUGGACUACGAUGCCACAUAAGUUUCCAUUCCCAUUUUCCCUUGUGUGGGAAUCCCACUGCUAGUGUUCUGGUUCUUUCUUUCUGCGACAGGGACCGUGUUGCUGGUCUUCAGUUGAUGCGGCCAGCGCCUCAAACCUAAUCGAGUGAGCUGCAGACCAGCGUGCACAGACUUCCCAGUGAGUUUUUAUUCUCCUUUUUCCUGUGGUUUGGUAAGUUGUCUUCUCUAAAUGUUUACCCCGGGCAAUUCUGCCACUGAGGUGCCUUUUCUUUCAAUGAUGUUGUCUAUCUCUUAGGUGGAGCUUUCCCGUACACCUCAGCUCCAGGACUGCAGCGGCCCGACUUCCAACUGAGCGCUUGCGGCUAAAGUUUCUACCCUUGGCCAACCCGCGUUCUGCGUUACGAACUCUCCGCGGAUGCACAUUCUUCUUGUGUAUUUCUGCUUUGCCUAAACGUAUGUUCCAACUCAUACCGAAUGUCCCAUCGCGUCCCUGAAGUUUGAUGCUUGUAGAUACGGAAAGGUAGGUGUGUUCAGCGAGGCCGCUACACACAUCCGAACCGGUGUUCACAUAGUAUGCAUGCUUAAUCGUCUGAUUGUUUAAGCAAACUUCACUUUCACUGGUACUUGUCAAGCUGGUCGUAGCUGCGUUCAGGAACUCCUGCUCACUACAACUUGCUGCCUGAGGUUUGCGCUAAAAAUAUGACAGAGUCCAAGUCUCAUCUCUGUCUUCAACGUUAGAACCACUCGCAUCGUUCAGACUUAACCGCACUCUCGGAAUCUUGAAGAGCGACAGUCUUUUUCUUCCCUUUUCUGGCUGCCGCUGCUUACCCCAGCUAAAAGACCUGGGUUUCAAUGUUCGACGGCUGUCAGGCAUUUCAUCUGGGGCCGUGUCGCGAGUCUUUACGUCUUCGAUGUUCCUCGACCUGUGGCACCGGGAUUCGCUGCGCAUGUGAAUAUGCAUGUUCAUGCUUUAUCUCCACGUUUUUCUUCCACUUGUGCGUCCAAACUUUGUUGCGCACUCCAUCGUUUGCAGUUCUGCCACAGUUCCACAUUGGCUUUGCUCCGGACUUGUCGUACCGGUUUUUUUUCGGGCGAGUUCCGGAUCGCAACAAGCCCUUUAUGACUGCCUACCAAAGCAUUUUGGUCGUCUUUCCAACCUGUCUGUACACGCGAAGUUUCAGCUGCCACCAUGAGCAUGGCGCCUCGGUUUUCAGGUGUUCGCGUGGUUUCGCACCACCGAACUCCUCUUGUUGACUCCAUCGAAGAAGAGAAAGACGCGGGUGUUCCAGGUUGUUCACAUCCGCACUCUGAACCGGAAGAUCCCACUUGCGACCCUAACUCCGGCCAUUCCAAAGAACAACAGUGGGUCCUACGAACCGGCAGCCCCGAGUUUGUGUCAGUGCCUUUGCUGUCAGCUUCUCUCGUCGGUGAACAAUGGAACGCCAGCGAAAGCGUGCCAGGGACCGUAGACAGAGAAACGGAAGCAUCUGCGUUAGGUGUACCUGCGGCACCAGAGGCAUCCCCAGCUCCUGACCAGCGAUCGACAGAUGCUCGUCGCCUGCGGUUUGCGCAUUCAGCCAGUCAGAACGACAGUCUCCUUGUCGAGCUCCCGCAACAUACUCCAGGGAGCAGUUCCGCUCCGACGGGCGCAUUGACGCCGUCGAGCGCUGCAGGCAAGCCGGAUGGGACAGCCGCCGAGCGCUCGCGGUCUUUUGAAGAACUUUCUCCCUCAGAGCUUGUGGCUCCGAGUCGAGUUUCGGAAGAGCAAAGGGGUACUUUUAAAAACCAUGGUGGUCGAGAGACAGGGAGUUCUAGCGGCCUCCAGUUGAGAGACUCGCGAACUCUCAAGGAGUUUGGCGAGGCAGAGGGAAGGGAACCGGUCGGUGAUCCGCGGUCAUUGAUCCCUGCGAACAGCAAGCUGGACGACUUUAGGGAUUUGUCAGAUCCGUGCGACAAGGUGAAGGAAGAAAGGUCUGGAAGACCGAGGCCGGAGGACGAAGACGGCACCGGGCAGGUCUCGGUCAGGAGCGACAGCGUCAGCGAUGCCAUCAGCAGCAUCCAGCAACUAGGCUCAGUGCGCUGUGUGAAACAGCCGCUCGGUUCGUUCGAGGAGACGCUGACGUACAUGAAGUUCCGCGAAUACGUCCGUAGACACCACGGCGUGUUCGGCACCACGACCGCGAGUGCCUGCAUCUGGUGGAUUCUCGGAUGCCAGUUUCUUGUCAUCACUGUCGCGCUCAUGACCUGCCACACAGACCCGGAGUCCAACACCCACCGACGCAGCUUCGUCGAUUUGAACAAGACGGUUGGACGCGUUUGCGUCUACUUCUUCUGCUCGCUCGCGCUCACGGCCAUCCUGGCGCUCAAGUUCGCGGGGCCUCUCAUGCUUAUGUGGUCGGUCAGGCUGUCCAAACUCGCCUGCGCUGUGCUUCUGAUCUUGGCUCCAUCUAUACAAAUUCGAGAGUCUGCGCGUGGCGACGCCAUCUGCACGACUGUCCUCUACGUUGACUCUCUCCAACUGAACGGGAUGGUCCUCUUCAACGGCAUCUUCACCCAGCUGCAGUUGCUCAUGUUCAUCUGCAGCAUGUUCAACUGCCUCUUCUGGGGCAGACUCCACGCGUACUGGUUCCAGAACCACUCCGUCAAGCUCUGGAACAUCGUCAAGAAACAAAAAGUUCAACUGCAAAUCCCCCAACCCAUCGAAAAGGCUCUCAACACUCACCAUCAUUCCGAGAGAGAUCUGGCAGACGGCCGGGUGAUCAACGCAGACGGAGAGUACAUCGAGGUCCACGGCUUUUCUUUCAUGGACUGGCUGCGGCGCCUGUUGACGUGGGCAGUUCCAAGUCGUUUUCUCCCUGCGAGUCUCAAGCCGUCUGUUUCCGUUGUAUUCUACGUGGGGCAAGUUGACUCAAGAGGUCUACCACAUGGAUUCGGACGCUGGAGAUCCGAGGCCUACCACGGAGAAUCCAUCGUUGGAUACUGGGACCACGGGAUUCCCGUUGGCCCCUUCAAGAGCCGCGAGUUUGGCACAGGGUCAGGUUUCAUGUGCAUUCGCAUUGGUUGGUGCAAAGUCACCAAAGGACCCCUUCGACCCGAAAUGCAACUCGGCAUCGGAGACGCCGAGUGUUGCGUCAGCGGCGCAUUUUUCCGGACUUUUCCGCGAGUCACACUCUACCCCCUGAGGGCGAAGGAACAGUCUGAGCUCGGGAGUGUAUGGUAUCGUCAUGGUCUCGACGAAGCAGUUGCCAACGACAACAAAGGUGCUGCCGUCGCCCGGCUCUCCAACUUCAGCUACACCCACGAAUCGCGUGCCUUAGGUGUACCCAGCGCUCCACAACACACGCGAUCGCUGGAGAGUGUUGGCAACGACAAUUUACCCUCCAGGUCUUACGGAGAAUUAGGUCGCGGCAGCGACGACAUCAUUGCCGAUAUCGGCGGCCGUCUGCAGAGAAUGCGGGGCUCGGUCAUCCAGCGUGCCCAUCUGUUCUUCAAACGGAGAUCAGAGGGCUUCGACAGUGACACGCGGGAGGCCUUCUUCAAGGAAUGUCAGCGUCUGUGCCUUAGCCGAAUGGUGCCUCAUCUCCCCAACUUCGGGUUGCUAUUCACAACGGAGCUCCACAUCACAGUCGACCCAGAGCGAGGUCUCUACAUCGCAGGCUGGGUGCCGGUGUCAGCAGUGCUUCCACUCGGAACCGUGGAGGCGGCAAAGCCGAGACUGCUGCCGCAGCAUGCAGCCUCUGAUUCAGAUAAUGCAGGAAAUCCUCGAGACGACGAGCUGCUUUCAGACAUCAGAGGGCCCCGUGACAAACAGAAAACUCGACAAAUGUCAGAGUCGCAGCUGCGCGCCCGGGGCUUCCACCAGCGGUUCGGUCUUGCGCUGCACGGUCCGGAGAUGAUGAUCAAGCGAAAGGCAGGAAAGGGGGGUCUGCGCAACACUGUUGUCGGGGAUUUCUUCUACGAGAGGCCGCGAAUCCGGCGUCAAACGUACGAUGGAGAAUCAAAGCGCCUGGUUGUGCGAAUUCGGAAUAACGCAAACCGGAAAACACAAAACGCGCGAGGGUCGGGGUCGAAGCCUCUGAGCAACACACCGAGCACGCAUUCCAUAAUGGCGAAAACUCUGAAGCAUGGUGUUUCCUUCUCCCCGAAUGACCCUUUGGCUCCGGAUGACGAUCCCAUGAAAGGUUUCAACUGGAUGACCAGCGCUCCGGAGCUUCAUAUCGACGGCUGGCGGCGAGCAGAGGUGGCUGGGAUUCCUGAGGCGCUUAUCUUCAUUCACGGAUACAACACGAACCAUGUACAGUCGUUGCAGAUCAUGGCGCAAAUGCUUUCCUUUGGAAACUUCCCCAGCUAUAUCAAGCCAUUCCUCUUCACGUGGCCCGCAGGGCGCAACUUUACAGAGUUUUUUGAAGCCCGUGAAAACGCAAACAACCCCAAAAUUCAGCAGUGCUUUCAUGAAUUCAUCGUCUCUUUACGAGAUAACGGCAUCAGGCAGAUUCACAUCAUGGCGCACAGUCUCGGAUCUCGGCUCUUAAUGAACAGCCUUCGUGGCAUGGCAGAAUUCACCUUCAGCAAGUCACUGGACACAGAAAAUGACGGCAAACUUCCAACGCAGUUUCAAGACCGCAUGCAACUGGUUUCGUUGAUCUUCUUGAACCCAGAAUUCUUUUUGGAUGAUUUCGUUUUGCGGGAAUACUCGUUUCUGCGGCAGUACUGCAGCAACAUUUCGCUAUUCUGUGAUGCUCAUGACGGGGCGCUCUGGUGGUCAGAGCUCUUCAGUGGACGGCAGGCAUUGGGGCGUAGUGUCUUUGGUCUCUACACAAGACCUAGGGAGGACGAAUCGGCGAGUGAUGUGCCUCCAAAGCUUCCACCCGUAUUCGCCGAAACAAUGGCAUGUUUUCAAGGUUAUGAACCGGAUUAUCUCAAAUCUGAUACCAGAGAUUGGCUAGAUCUGGACGUCAUUGAUAUGACGUGGCUCGGUCAUAAUGUCCACUCAAUGAGGCAUUCAUAUUGGCCCCUGAACCGCGAGAUUAUUGAAGACAUUCGGGAGCUUGUAGUCACAAGGAAGAGAGCGCGUCAACGAACUUCACGUCUCGAUCGACGUGAAGGAAACGUGUGGGUGUACCGGGUGGCGCCUUCUUCGCUCACUUCUAUUUUUGACAGCGAUAUUUGACGCUCUAUACACUGAUCAAUGACGGUCUGUGUGUCUUCGCUCGUCUGGUCAUGCUAGUAACGGUAGAAAUACUCAGUCACGUUCCCACUUGCGGUAGAUUCAGGUACCAUGUGUUUUUCGGCUUUGCGUGCUGCUUUUUCCAUGCGACUCAGCUGUUGUGGAAUUGCGUCGCUAUUGGUGGGAUGUGUAGUCUGACGAAGCUGCGAGCACCUGUGGCGUAGUUUUGUCAAGUGGCAAUUCUUUUUGCUUUGGCUUUUGUCGCGAAGAACCUACUCCCCAUGUACAUUGGAAGCAUUACUGAACUCGCUGCUGGGGUAGCUCUCUGCUGACAAUAGGAAGUGAAGCCGUGUAGGCGCAAGUGAAAGAAUGACCUUUCUGUGCCAUUAGCAGUUAACACUUUGACAGUAAUUGGGCUGGUGCCGCUGGAGAAGCGAAAAAAACGCUGUGGACUACGAAAUGGUAUGAGUAGUAUGCUUCACCUGAGGUGUCCUGAGCCUCUGUCCGUGUCGUUUUUGUUUUGCGCUCUGGGGCAGCGCCACGUGCGGUGUGAUGGAAGGAUCUCAGGCUGCAUGUGUAUUACACUGUACAUUAUUAUAGAUUCGGGAAACCUGGUGUCACUACCCGGCGGCAUCAUGUACCUGCCCCAAGGAUUUUCCUGGAUCUUCAGGCAGGCAACUAAGAAGAGAAGCUGCUGUAUGAAAGAAAAGAGCUUUUCCGAGAAGCAAUCGGUGCA